AUGCUUUGCUCCAUCUGCUUCGAUCUCAAUCAUCAUCAACAAGCUUCAGUUCAGGAAAAGGGGAAAACUAAUUGUACAGCUCCACACAACAAACAGUUUGUAAACUACGACAAGAUCUACACAGCAGCUCUGAAAUAUGAAACAUUGCUGCUGCCUGCUAACUUAUCAGCUGUUCCUACAAACACAGCUUUAAUUUUUUCUAAUCUGCCCACAAUUUCACUAAUUCCAAUCCUAUCCAAAGGCGAAUUCGCCAAACACUCCAUUGCCAGACUCAUAACAGAAGCCAAACAUCGCUCUUUACCCGAGAAAUUCAAAUCCCCUGCUCCAAGAAAGCCCGGGUCCACAGCUUCGGCUAUCCAGCCGAGGAUCUUGAUGAGAUUUCUAUGGCGUAUGGCGCUCAAGACUUCGAUUUCCCGGUCAAAGCUGUUGACCACUUUUUCGGAGUGCGAGUCAAAGACUUUGACCGCCACAGUUAAGCCGUCAGAAAGUGUUCCGAUAACCGAAACUUCCACGUCCGAGAAUGUUUUGCUCGCUAAAAUCGAACUCCCUCUCCAUGUCUUGAGCAAAGAGGUCUCGUUUUCGGGCGUCUCCUUGCUCGUUUUACGCCUUCUCAUUAGUAGAAAAAUCGCUAUAGCCAAAAUGAGGGCUAAUAUGAAAGGAGUGAAGAUCUUGAAAUUUCCUCCCGAGGGAAUUUCGCCUUCCAGUUCAUUGUUCGACACGUUAAAGCGUCUAAGGAAGACGAGCUUUUCUAAAGAUUUCGGAAUAAAUCCCGAUAAGCUAUUGUAUGAAAGAUCCAAACUUUCCACACCGCUCAACUCUCCAAACAGAAAAACCAAAGACUCGGCUUUUGCAAUAGAGCUCGGGAUUUGGCCAGUGAAAUUAUUCGACGACAAGUCCAAAUCUCCGAGAGCCCUCAAAUUCCCAACCUCGGACGGUAAAGAGCCGCUCAAUCUAUUAGUCGACAAGUUUAAGCGCAAGAGAUCGUUAAGCUGCCAUAAACUCGAAGGCACUUCAUUUUCCAAUCUGUUUGAAUCCAAAUACAAUCCUCUCAAGGAUUUCAAAUCGCCAAAACAAGCGGGAAUUUGGCCUUCGAGUUUAUUGUGA